GAUGUUCACUUGGAUGAAAGUGAUUUAAUUGUCGAGACUACUUCUGGAUUGGUGAGAGGAGGCUAUGGCGAAAGAACUUAUGUUGGGAACAAACCCCUGUAUUGGUUCAGGGGUAUUCCCUUUGCUGAGCCACCAGUCGGAAAUUUAAGAUUCCAGCCGCCCAUUCCAAUGGCAAAAUGGGAAGGGGUCAAAAAUGUUUUUGAAAAACAACCAGAAUGUCUGCAAGGAGGAGAAGAUAACAUUAUCGGAAGCGAAGAUUGCCUCUUUUUGAAAAUAUACACCACAGUAUUGCCUAAGGAACAGAAGAAACUACCAGUUAUGGUAUGGAUAUACGGAGGCGCAUUCUUCGCAGGAUAUCCCAACUUUACCAGACACAGCCCCGACCUAUUGUUGGACCAAGACGUAAUCAUAGUUGGCUUACAUUAUAGAGUGGGAAUUUUCGGUUUUCUCUCCACAGGAGACUUAGUCGUGCCAGGAAACAACGGACUUAAAGACCAAAUCCUCGGGUUGAGGUGGAUUAAGGAAAAUAUAGAACGAUUUGGAGGAGAUCCCGAUAAUAUAACUAUAUUUGGACAGAGCGCUGGAUCAGCCUCCAUAGGAUAUUUGUUGCAAACACCGCAAACAAAAGAUAUAUUAAGAAUAGUUCUUGCAACAUAUGACCUACAACCCUCCAGACUUGUUCCAAUUGACAUGAAUAUACCAAAUAUUUUAAUACGCAGUUCCGUUGGAAGACAAAUAAAAACUCAGUAUUUUGGAAGUCGGUUGAUAGCCACAUCGAAUUUCGAAGUUAUGGAAUUCAUCAGCAACGACCAGUUUGCUAGGCCAAUACAAGAAACGGCGCGUCUCUAUUCAAAGUACAAUCCCGUUUACUUCUACAGAUUUUCACAUGAAGGUCCUUUAUUUGGUGUUAGCAACAGAAAUUUCCCCGGAGUGGGGCAUACAGAAGAUUUGGGAUACAUAUUCGACUAUGGAUACCAAGGGUCGGAGGUGGAUUACCUAGUUAGAUCGCAGAUGGUCAAAUUAUGGACCAAUUUCGCUAAAACCGGAAAUCCAACACCUGAAUAUGACCCACUUUUGCAAGGAAUUCAAUGGCCAUUACUUACUGAAAACAACCUGGACUAUUUGGAAAUAGAUAGAGGCCUUCAAGCACUGACAAAGCCAGACUUCCUCACUUCUUCUUUCUGGAAGACCCUCUAUAACAGAAACGGCAACCCUCCAUACGGCACUUACUAAACAAGACAUAAAAUUGCUAAUGUUUAUAUUUGGAACCAGUACCUAUAUGUAUAUGCAUAUACAGAGAAAAUGUAAUUAUAAAGUGAUAAUAACUUUAAAUGUUACCAUAAUCAAGAAACUCCAUAAUAACGAUUUAAGUAUCUGUUUCUUAUUCCUAUACAGAAUGAUAAAAUGAAAAUAAAUGUAACAAAUAAAUAU